UACACUACACUAUUACUACUCCACUAUACGUCCGUUCUCUACGAGUUCUAGCGCAAUACUGUGAUAUUAAUUAUGUCUUUGUAAACUAUAUUUUAUGGUUUUAGGUAAGAAAUCGUUUGAUUUACGUAGGAAAUCGUAUUAUAAUCCAAAACAUUAUUAAUGCUUGUUACUACAGGUACACUGUCUUGGCACUGACUUCAUACUUCAUAUCAACCAUAUGUUGUGAACAAGCUUGAUCACACUUGAGAAAGAGGGUUAAAAAAGCAUUGAUUUUAAAAACAUGAUUCAUCGUGCAAUUUUUUAAAUUCUAUUACUUGAGAAACGUAACUAAAUUCUGCACAAUGCAUAAAACUUAUGAAAAUAAGCUUCCCACUUCUGAUAAACUAGCUCAGCUACAGAAUGCUCUGAAACUAGAAGAAAGGACUGCAAAACAAAGCAGAUUGGAAGCUAUCAGAACUAAAAAAGGAAAUAUAAAAUACAUAAAGAAGCUUGAAAAGGAUCUAAUAGAGAACAGGGAGAAGUUAAAAUCCUAUAUCCUUGGUGACAAAGAAGGAAAGCAGGAUGCUUUCAAACAAAAUAAAUUUUAUCAACUUGCCUAUCAGAAUGUACCCCCAAAAGAUGCGGUAGAAAAUAUCAAACAAAGGAUAUUUACAACGAGAAAGGAAUGUGAUAAACUUGGCUAUGAAAGGAGUAAAUUGGAAAACAUAUUGUCAAAUUUGAAGUUGCAGUUACAAGAGUUGAAAAAACCAGGAAAAUUCAUCUCAAACACUCAUGAUGAACAAGAGAUUCUCAACAAAAUCCAAAGCAUGUUGAAGAAGCAGAACACAGCUAGAGUUGUUAAUGAUUCAUACGAGCAACUAUUCAAUAUGCUUGAGAAGGAGUCUCUGCGUUUCGAUAAAACUCUGAAAAGCAUGGAAACGGACAGAGUUACCCAGGCGAAGUGCAUAGUGCGCGCCACUGAGACUGGCCAGGAGGCUUCUCAGAAACUAGCUGAACUCCAUGACUGUUAUAGACUCGAAGAGAGAAAACUGAGGAGAUUCAUGAAGAAAAUGGAUUUCACAACUAGGAAUUUGAAAUUAGAAUUGGAAACUAUCACCAAUAGCUGUCGUGAAUUUGGACAAGCGGAUAGUCUUAUUCUGUAUGAUGACGAAGAAGAAUUUAAUAAAGACUCAGUUGUACCAGACAAUUUGAAAGAAGAAUUGAUUGAGCUGGAAAAACAUCUACUACAUUUGAAGGAUAUCACCGAGGUUCUGACAAUUGCUGAUAUUUAUCCAAGGUGAAAUUACUGGACAAAAACUUUAAAUUUACUUUAAUUUUCUAUCUUACGAUACAGGAGAAUGGAGUAGUACAUAUACUUUCUGUAU